CGCCUGGCUUGCUCUGAGAUGCUAUAAAAUACAGUAUAGCAUGCACAGAGCUCAGACUGAGACAGGCAGGGAAUCACAAGUCAGCUUCACGUGGAGAGGAUCUGUAUGGAGCCAUUUACCUUAUUACAAGUGCCAGGACUGAGCUCCUGUCUCUCUGCCAGGGGGGAGUGAUCAGCUGCAACAUGAGGCUACAGGGAUCCCCCCUAUAAAAAUAUUUAUCACCAUAACAGUAAACUAUAAAGAGAAUCCCCUGAUCCCUGGUAUUGACAGGCUGCGAUCCCUUGCACUUUAUUAGCUGUCACCAUCCAUUGACUUGCUCCAUCCCAGCCUGCCUGACUCUGCUUCUGCCAGGGGAGCAGCUCUCUCACUCUGCACUCAGCUCAGCCUUCCCAUCACCCAGGACUCUGUUUAUUUUCAUCGGAUCAUAAACUUUUCCCCUCCUAGCUGAAGAUCUCCUUGUGCCAGCCUUGUACAAUGGGAGCUGGGGAGUUCAGGAUGUGGAUGGUUUUAGCUGUCAGCUUGAUCAACGUGUCCUUGCAAGGAGAGUACCAGAGAAAGCUCUACAAGGAAUUACUGAAGAAUUAUAAUCCUCUGGAGAGACCGGUAGCCAAUGAUUCCCAUCCUCUCACUGUCUACUUUGGAAUGAGUCUAAUGCAGAUCAUGGAUGUUGAUGAGAAAAAUCAAGUUUUAACAACAAAUAUAUGGCUACAAAUGUAUUGGACAGAUUACUAUUUACAAUGGAAUGUGUCUGAAUAUCCCGGAGUGAAAAAUGUUCGUUUCCCAGAUGGACAAACUUGGAAGCCAGAUAUCCUUCUAUAUAACAGCGCAGAUGAAAGAUUUGAUGCUUCUUUUCACACUAAUGUACUGGUGAACUCAUCUGGUCAUUGUCAGUAUUUACCACCAGGGAUCUUCAAGAGUUCAUGCUACAUAGAUGUUCGCUGGUUUCCUUUUGAUAUUCAGAAAUGCAAACUAAAGUUUGGCUCUUGGACCUAUGGAGGAUGGUCUUUGGAUCUACAAAUGAAAGAAGCAGACAUAUCUGAAUAUAUCUCAAAUGGAGAGUGGGACCUAGUAGGAGUCCCUGGGAAGCGGAGUGAGAGUUUUUAUGACUGCUGUAAAGAGCCCUAUCCAGAUGUGACAUUUACGAUUACAAUGAGACGUAGAACCCUCUACUAUGGGCUGAACCUCCUUAUUCCCUGCGUUUUAAUAUCUGCACUCGCCUUGCUAGUGUUUCUGCUACCUGCAGACUCAGGAGAAAAGAUCUCACUUGGUAUAACUGUGUUGUUGUCACUUACUGUAUUUAUGUUACUGGUAGCAGAAAUAAUGCCUGCCACAUCAGACUCUGUGCCAUUAAUAGCCCAAUACUUUGCCAGUACAAUGAUCAUUGUGGGUCUCUCAGUGGUCGUAACAGUCAUUGUCCUACAAUAUCAUCACCAUGACCCACAUGGGGGGAAAAUGCCAAAAUGGACAAGAAUCAUUCUUCUAAAUUGGUGUGCAUGGUUCCUGAGAAUGAAAAGACCAGGAGAAGACAAGGUCAGACCUGUUUGCCAACACAUUAAUAAGCAGCAACAUCAGCAACAACAUCAGCGACGCUGCAGCAUGAACAGCGUGGAAGUUAAUACUGUUAGUGGUCAGCAGUCCAGUAAUGGAAACAUGCUUUAUAUUGGCUUUCGAGGUUUAGAAGGAAUCCAUUGUACACCUACUACAGAUUCUGGAGUAAUAUGUGGCCGAAUGGCCUGUUCACCAACCCAUGAUGAAAAUCUAAUCCACCACACACGCCACUCUGAAGGUGACCAUGACUUAGCCAAGAUUUUGGAAGAACUGCGCUUUAUUGCCAAUAGAUUCAGAGACCAAGAUGAGGAUGAAAUCAUAUGUAAUGAAUGGAAGUUUGCUGCCUCUGUGGUGGACCGGUUAUGUUUGAUGGCAUUUUCUGUCUUUACCAUCAUUUGUACUAUUGGAAUAUUGAUGUCAGCUCCGAAUUUUGUAGAAGCAGUGUCUAAAGAUUUUGCUUAACUUCAAAAUGAUAUCUUUUUAAUGGUGUCCUUUCCACCUAAGUGGGCUUUUUCUACUGAAACCAGUGCUGAAAUGGAUAUCUUGUGCUCAUAUUAGGGAUAUGCAUUGGCGUUAACCAUAACUCAAAGUGUACAAUUCUUAAUUUAUUUUUUUAAAUUAAAGCGGAGGUUCCGCGGUUUCUUGAUUUUUUACUUUUGUGUGCAAUGCAUAGUAAAACAUAUAUGAAUUUGGCACUCACUUGCUAGCCGCUUCUAAUUGCACUGCCUCGUUUUCCGUCAUAAAGAAGGACUAUCUUGCUUGUGGGCAUUGUGAAGCCCACAAGCAAAGACUUCUUGGAUGCGGUGAUCCGACGUGACCACGACGUGACCACGUGACCCACGAGAAUACUGUUGAAAACAGUACAGAUCGUCUUCUGAGAAUCUUGUGACAUCACUCCCAGGAGACAUUGCGAACAGCACCCAUAACACACUGGGCCGUUGGGGAAAACAAAGGACACACCCACUCCCGCGGGGAACAGUACCCGGAAGCUACAUGCAAAAUAUCAGAAUAAAGGUAAUCAUUAAGCUACGGGGAAAAAAAACAUGGAUUCUACAUGUAUUAAUUCUGCGGUUAGUAGUAAUAUAAAGUUAAAAUUUAGGGUGAAGUGAACCUCCGCUUUAAAUAUUAUGUUUAGGUAUGAUCAUGCAAUUUCUUUACCUUCACAGAAAAUGUAACUGUACAGUUAUGUCACCAGUAUGCAUACAAUACACCAAUUAUCUACUGUUUGGUUCUAUAAUAUUGACAUACAACACAAACUAAACGUAUUUGACAAAAACGGUGUCAUAUAUCAGUAUGUUACUUUACAAUUGUUUUAUAUAUCACUGCAGACUGCCAUAUAUCUACACAAUGAUGAAAUGAAAUUGGCAAGUAUUCAAGGAAAUAAUUAUAUUUUUAUAAUACAUAAAUUUAUAUGAAAUAUUGUAGAAGUAUUUAAGAUAAAAAAAGUUCUCAGGGUCAUUUACAACAGACACUAGUAUUUUAUUAUACUCAAGAGUGCCUGCCUAAAUGCAUACAUAUGUUAUGUUAUAUAGCUGCCUAUUAUAAAUGUGCACAAUCUAUCUUCUUGCAAGCUCUGCAAUGUUAGGUCAUGUGCCAGCACUGUCUACCUGAAUCACUAUGCCCGCUAUUAAAUCACUGUUGGCAAAGUAA